AUGGCCUUGGACGGCGGUGUUGGCAUUGCCAAUGGCAUAAGCAAGCGGCCGUCGCAGAUCAAUGGUUCGGUUGCCGUGGAGAAGGCCGCGCGCCGCGCCGACGAGGCGACCGAGGAGGACGACGAAGGAAAGCCAUGGGUCGCAAGGAAGUGGAUCACGUCGCUUGCGGUUUGCCUCGCCGCGUUGCCGCUCCUCGCGAUCAUGGUUAGCCGCCGAGACGGGCCGUUGCCAUUGCCGUCCGGCUGGAGACCUGCGACGACGACGAGGACGUACGACCGCACAGAAUCCAAUCAAAGCAGGCACCUCGGAGACCUGAUCAUCCCGGGGUUCGACGAACAAUCCUGCAUCAGCCGGUACCAGUCCACGCCCUACCGCAAGAACCUGACACGGUCGCCGUCCGCACACCUCGUGAAGCGGCUGCGGGAGCAGGAGGCGCUGCAGCGGCGGUGCGGCCCGGGCACCGAGGCGUACCGCCGAGCUGCAGAACGGCUAGACAGCCGGCGAAAUGGCACGCGCACCACCACGGACGACGACACCUGCAAGUACGUCGUGCUGGUGCCGUACAGGGGGCUCGGGAACCGGAUACUGGCCAUGGCGUCGGCGUUCCUGUACGCCAUGCUCACCGAUCGCGUGCUACUCGUCGACAGGGGGGCGUCCAUUCCCGACCUCUUCUGCGAGCCGUUCCCUGAGACUUCGUGGCUGCUGCCGCCGGACUUCCCUCUCCGGGACCUGGAGAGUCUGACCGGCGAGGUGCCGGAGAGUUACCGCAACCUGGUGGAGGACAGCCGGGCCGUGUCCGUGUCGGACCUCCCGUACGUGUUCGUGGACCUCGACCACGCCUGCACCUACCACGACAAGCUCUUCUACUGCGACGACCACCGGGAGUUCCUCCACCGUGCACCGUGGCUGGUGAUGAGGACGGACGGGUACUUCGUGCCGGCGCUCUUCCUAAACCCGGCGUACCAGGAGGAGCUCGACAGGCUGUUCCCCCGGAAAGACGCCGUGUUCUACCUCCUGGGGCGGUAUCUCUUCCACCCGACGAACAGAGUGUGGGGAUUGAUCACGAGGUUCUAUGAUUCCUACCUGAAAAACUCGGACGAACGGCUGGGCAUCCAGGUCAGGGUGUUCGACGGGGACACGCCGUUCAAGCAUGUCCUUGAUCAGAUCCUCGCGUGCACGUCCAAGGAGCACCUGAUACCUGAGGUCGUGGCGCAAGAACCUGUGUGGCCGGCCAGCGCAAGCAGUGGCUGGUCGACCUUCGGGUACGUUGGCCACGGGCUCGGCGGACUCACGCCGUGGAUCAUGUUCAAGCCCGAGAACCUUACCACGCCCAAUCCGCCGUGCCGGCGGGCUGCGUCCAUGGAGCCGUGCUUGCACGGACCGCCGUUCUAUGACUGCAAGGCAAGGCACGGUGCGGAUACCGGCAAGCUGGUGCCGCAUGUCCGACAUUGCGAGGACAUGAGCUGGGGCCUGAAGCUUGUUCACCCGGAGUACUGA